CUGAAGGGGUCUAGCUGAUGUGAGAUGAUGACAUACAGGUGGCUGCAGACGUGAGAGCAGAUGGCGGAGAGCGCAGGGCACUGAAGGGGGCAGUCUGGUUUAGGAAAGAGCCGCACAAACUAGUAACAGUGUGCGAGUGAGCUGCAGGUGAAUCCCUAACCUGUGAGAGUUUAUAUAUCGCCAGCGCGUCACCUGAAUGCCGGGGUAUGAGACAAUGAAACCACAAUGGAAGACAGGGAUAAAACGCGUCCAAGUCACGAGAGAGGAAAUAGGAGCGCAAUGACGGACUGUGCCAUCAGGGAAAGGUAAAGACCGGAAAGCUGGCGAUAUGUUUAGACUGCUGCUGAAUAAGUUAAUUGAAUGAGUGAACCUGACAAGACCAAAACAAAUGUACACAGAGCUCCUGAACUGAGACGCGCACAUUUCAGUCGGUGGAAAGAGUUUAUUUUUCGUUUUUGAAGAGAGAAGCCAGCAGAAAACGUAAAGAAUCAUGGAUACAGAGGGAAUCACAGAGGACCACGGAGCCGACCACGGAGCCGGGGAUCUAGCUCAAUCUGCUGCUAUGAAACUGUCUGAGAUAGGCGAAAGAACUAAACAACUAGGUACUAAAUUCAAAGACCCUGAGCGACAGAGACGGAUUAUUCUAGUGAUUGUCUGUGUAGCACUUCUAUUAGAUAACAUGCUUUACAUGGUAAUUGUGCCGAUCAUACCAGACUAUUUGGCAGAAUUACAAAGUGAGGCAGAUCACGCUUCGUUUAAUGCAAGAGUAAUAAACGCCGGGAAUUCCUCGAAUCAUACUGUCUUUAAAGCCACCAAAGGCAACUUCGACCUGCAGAUUGGUGUACUUUUUGCGUCCAAAGCCAUAUUGCAGCUUUUGGUCAACCCGUUGACCGGGACGUUCAUUGACCGGGUCGGCUAUGACCUUCCUCUGUUCAUCGGACUCAUCAUCAUGUUUUUUUCCACUUGUCUAUUCGCCUUCGCCGAUAAUUACGUGUCUCUGUUCGCGGCGAGGAGCUUGCAGGGCUUGGGCUCAGCGUUCGCAGAUACAUCAGGCAUCGCCAUGAUAGCGGAUAAGUACACGGAGGAGGCGGAGAGGAGCAGAGCCCUGGGUAUCGCCCUGGCAUUCAUCUCUUUCGGCAGCUUAGUGGCGCCUCCCUUCGGGGGCAUCCUGUACGAGUUUUGUGGGAAACGGGUGCCCUUCAUUGUGCUGGCCUGCAUCUGUUUCACGGACGGCAUGCUGUGCCUGACCGUGUUAAAGCCCUUCUCCAGAGGGGAGAGAGAGAACAUGCCCGUGGGCACCCCCAUCUACAAACUGAUGAUCGACCCCUACAUAGUUGUGGUGGCGGGUGCCCUGACCACCUGUAACAUCCCGCUGGCCUUCCUGGAGCCCACCAUCGCAAACUGGAUGGAAGAAACCAUGCACUCUUCCGAAUGGGAGAUCGGCCUUGCCUGGCUUCCCGCGUUCUUCCCGCAUGUCCUGGGUGUGUACAUCACCGUCAAACUCGCGGCUAAGUACCCACACCUGCAGUGGUUCUACGGGGCCUUGGGCAUGGUGAUAAUCGGCGCCAGUUCGUGCACCGUGCCAGCCUGUAAGACCUUCGGCCAGCUGAUGGGUCCACUGUGUGGCAUCUGCUUUGGCAUCGCCCUGGUGGACACGGCGCUACUGCCUACACUCGCUUUCCUGGUGGACGUGCGGCAUGUGUCGGUGUACGGCAGUGUGUACGCCAUCGCGGACAUCUCCUACUGCGUGGCCUACGCCCUGGGCCCUGUGGUGGCCGGACAGAUAGUCCACGACCUGGGCUUCAUUCAGCUCAACCUGGGCAUGGGCCUCGCCAACGUGCUUUACGCACCAGCGCUCCUCUUACUAAAGAACGUGUGCCAAAUGAAACCAUCAAACUCGGAGAGAGGCAUGCUACUGGAGGAAGGCCCCACGGGUCUCUACGACACAAUAAAAACUCAGGAACGCGAGAGGAAGAGGAAGGGGUUAAGUAAUGUUGUUGAUGAGAAUGGCAUAGACAAGUAUUCUGAAGAAGAGUCAUUUGAGUAUGCGUAAACUGUAAAAAAUAAAAAAUAAAUAAAAAAAGUGCCCAUAAAGCGAUGAAGCUAUACUCUCAGUGCCAUACUCCUUUGACCGAACCAUUUACAUCAUUUAAUUAGGAAAGAAGAUAACUCCAGAUUAAUCUCCUGUCUUCCAAUUCAAUCGGACAAUGUCAUCUGAAGAAGCAUUCACAGUAGAUUGCGCUAGGGUGAUAUUUGUUAAAGCUGAAAGUGUGUGCAUUGUGCCAAAACAUUGAUUCCAUAUCAUAUUCAUGGACCUGUGUAAACUGAACAUAACUUUUAUCAUAAAAAAGAACUAAUGAAAUGUAUUCGUCAUUCAAAAUAAUAUACCUUAUAUGUAUUUUGCAAGAGCUGUGCUGCUAAAAUCAAUAUGCAAUAUGUCACAAUACACUUUUAGGGGGGAAUAGAUGGAUUUGAAUCCCCCGUCUUACUUUGCGUAUUCUGUAUUUAACUUAAUUUGGAUGAUGUAUAGGCUAUCUGGAAUGCAUAUCCUAAAUGUAUGAUAGGACAUUUCAGCAAUUGCUUAUAUGUGUAUAUUAAUGUACAUAUUAAAUCAAGAGUAUGUGAAUGUA